UAAAAUAACCAGGAUUGUUGCUAUUGAUGCGCAUUAAAUGCAAAUGGAAUGCUUCUCUCUUUUCACAAUACAUAAUAUAUGUUUUAAAAUGAUCACUGGCUACAACUUCUCUAGUUCUUCCUUAACCCCUCUCUUUCUUUCUCUCUCUCACGGCUGUCUCCUUCUUGGGUAUUGCUUUUGGAUUCAGAAGUCAGUGUUGUUACGAUUGUCUUGGUUCUCAGUGCUUCAUUUACCUCCUGAAUAUCCGUGAGGUUCCCGGGAACUAACGGCAAAGGUCAAACCUAACUUCAUCAUUUGAAAACCUCUUAGAAUAGAGUUGAUGGUGAUAGUUUAGUCCCUUUCACCCCAUCUCUCAUUCUAAUUUGGCAUCCCUUUCUUCUUAAUCUUGAAAUAUUAUCUUUCUUUUCAACUCUCUGGAUCUUUUUCCCACUUCGCUCGUAUCAACCUCCAUUUUUCUAUCACUUUCCCAGGAAAAGAAUUCGAAGGAAAUAAAAAAGUUUAGAAUGAGUGAUAGUGUGUCUGAUUUUUUUGAAGAACAUGAAUUUGGCGACAAUACCUUGGAUGGAGAAGAUCUUUUUGCCAUUUUUGAGACCCUAGACAGCGUAACCCAGUUCCCUCCAGUUACACCAUCGAAUGAAGUUGUUGUUAUCUCUAAAGAUGGUGGUGAAGAAACGACAAGGCUUGUGUCCCAGAAGUCCACAUCUUCUAGUGCUAUACUAGAGUCUGAGACUGAGCUUGAAACUUCACCGAAGAACAAGAGACAAAAGACGGGGAUAGCUUCUUCAGAAGAAAUAAACCCAGAUGGACAGCAACGUAUGUCUCAUAUUACAGUUGAACGGAACCGCAGGAAGCAAAUGAACGAGCAUUUGUCAGUGUUAAGAUCACUUAUGCCUUGUUUCUAUGUCAAGAGAGGAGACCAAGCAUCAAUAAUUGGAGGUGUCGUUAAUUACAUCAACGAAUUGCAGCAAGUUCUACAAGCCCUUGAAGCCAAGAAACAAAGAAAAGUUUACAGUGAAGUUCUUAGCCCUAGAAUAGCGUCGAGUCCAAGACCUUCACCACUUAGCCCUAGAAAACCCCCAUUGAGUCCAAGACUUAACUUACCUAUAAGCCCAAGAACCCCACAACCUGGUAGCCCUUAUAGACCUAGGUUACAGCAGCAGGGUUAUCUCUCCCCAACCGUGGCUAGUUCACUUGAACCAUCUCCAACUACUUCUUCCUCUUCUUCCAUUAAUGAUAAUAUCAAUGAACUAGUCGCAAAUUCAAAAUCUGCCAUUGCCGAUGUUGAGGUUAAGUUCUCCGGCCCAAACCUUCUAUUGAAAACAGUAUCUCCAAGGAUUCCUGGCCAAGCUACCAAGAUAAUUUCUGCCCUUGAAGAACUCUCUCUUGAGAUCCUCCAUGUCAACGUUAGCACUGUAGAUGAGACCAUGCUUAAUUCCUUUACCAUCAAGAUUGGAAUCGAAUGCCAACUUAGUGCAGAGGAACUUGCUCAACAAAUCCAGCAAACGUUCUGCUAACUAGCAGUAGCAAGCCGAGUCUACAUCAAGCCCCAGUCCAAACCUAACAACUGUUCUCUCUCUCUCUCUCUCUCUAUCGAUCUAAAGAUGCAUGUACUAAUAAAAAAGUAUAGGGAGGCAUUCGCCAGCAUUCCUAUUGACAAAUGUAAUUGUAUGAUCAGUCUCAUGACCAAUAGUAAGUAGCUAGCAAGCUGGGAAACCCUUUUGUAAUUGAGAAUUCUCAAUUUCUCAGGCUGUAUGUUGGUUAAUGUACGAAUUCCAGUUCUAUUUCCAGAGUCAAAGUUAAUAUUUUCUUA